UUUUCCAAAUAUGGAUUAUGAUCUAUGCAUAAAUUCUUUGGCUGGGUAAACGGCCAACACAUCUUUCAUUUUGAUAUCUAAAACUCCCUUUUCUCCCUUUCAACCAAAAAUUUCAAUUCCUUCACUUGAAAAAUGCAUGGAGUUGGUCUCAUUCGUUUCAUUGUGGGCAUCAUAGGCAAUAUCCUUUCUAGCUUACAGUUCAUCGCACCAAUGCCAUUAUUUUGGAGAAUAUGCAAGAAGAAGGACACAGAGGAAUUCCACCCCUACCCAUAUAUUGCAGCCACGAUGAACUGCAUGCUUUGGAUUUUGUACGGUUUACCUAUCGUUCAUCCCGACAGCAUCAUACUUAUCAUAAUAAUGCCAUUUGGCAUAGCCUUGGAGUUCAUUUACCUCUUUAUUUUCUUCAUCUACACCUCCAAGCCAAAGUACAGGUGGAUUAUAAUGAUUUACGUUGUGUGUGAGCUUGUUCUUUUGGGAGUGAUCAUUGUCAUCACUAUUCUUUGCUUCCGUACACAUGAAAAGAGGUCCAUGUUCGUGGGCAUCCUCUGCGAUAUUUUUGGGAUUAUUAUGGCUGCUUCUCCUCUCUCCAAAUUGUAUGAUGUUUAUAAGGAAAAGAGUGUGGAGUUCAUGCCGUUUUGGCUUUGCGUUGCUGGUUUUACAAAAGGGAUUACUUGGACCAUUUAUGCCUUUCUCGAUAUUUUUGAUCCUUAUAUUGCUGUUGGAAAUGGGAUUACAGCACUGCUUGGUCUCGUUCAACUCCUUGUGUUUGCUUAUUACACUAUCAAAGCUAAGACUCUAAGAGUAAUGCUUUAAAUGGUGAUGUAUGGAUUCUUCAAAAAAUAGCACAUUGCAGUAUCGAAUACGCGCAGGGGAUGGGUGCGAGUGCUAUUCGCGUGGAAUUUGCACGAGUUUCGCCACGUGGCGAAUCCUCCAAAAAAAAAAAGGAAUUCGCGAAUCGGGUGCGUUACUUUAGGGUGCAUUUUGGGCUCUUUUGCAAUUUUUUCAAUUAUUUUUGGGCUCUUUUGCAAUUUUUGACUUAUAUUUACAUGUAAUUUAUUGAAAUUUUUACUUUGAUUGUAAUUUUUGAAACUUUUAUAUUUACAUGAAAUUUAUUGAAAUUUUUACUUUGACUUA